AAAAGGGAAAAAAAGAGGGUAAAAGACGAAAGAGAAGGAGCAUCCCCCCUUUUGGUUUGGGUUCUUAAAAAAAUUGAAUGUAACAAGCUUUGGGGAAUCCCUCUUUUGAUUGAUUACUACUAAAUCCUCAAUAUUACUGCAAUUUCGCUUCAUUUGUGUUCGACGAGGUUUUAGGAACGAAGUUUUUGGCAUUUGGUUGAUUGCUAUUUCAUUCCGUCAACGCUAUCAUCUUACCUUCUUUUGUAGCGAGAAGAAGAGGGCUAUAGUUCCUCCAAUUGAAAAAGAUUAGUUGGAUUGGACUGAAGGUAAGGAGCACCUCAAAACAUAGGUGUAAAAAGCAAACAAAAUGGAAAAGGAAUUGAAGGGGUCACACGUAAGAGAGUUCAUCAAGGACAAAGUCACUGACUGGGAUGAUGAAGUGGUGACUACAGCUCGAUUCAAGGCAUUCAGUGGGCAAAAAUCUGAUUGGGAACCCAGAUACCUAUUUUGGAGGGAUUUGAUCCUCACAAUUGCCCAUAAAUUCAACUUCAUAUUCAUCAAACCUAUUGAGAUAAGGAAUCAGUGGUUUUCUCAAGGAGGGUUGGCUCCACUGUGUCUUGACCAUGUCCUGCAUCAAAUGUAUAUCGAUGGUGACAUUAUAAUACAAAGUGACAUGCUAGACCCGAGGAGUGGCCAACUUUCUCACUUAUUUAAAAAACUAAGCAAUUUGAUGGGUACAUCCAAAAAGAACCCCAACGAUUUGCUUCGUGAUGAAUAUGUAGUUCUUGCCUCUGUAUUAAAGGAUAGAGCAGCUGAGGUUGUCAAGUGUUUGUCUCAUAGUAACUGGACCUCUUCCUGCAUUAUUACAAUGAUGAAGUUCCAGAACAUCUGUGGAGGACCUGAUGAAGCGACUGCCAUCUUAAGUUACUUGUUUGGAUGUGGUAAAGCAAGGUAUCUCUCUAGGGAAAAAGAGGAAUUUUUAGAGGGUGUGAAGGUUUCUCUCUCAGCAGCUACAGUUCCUAGUAUCACUACUCUCGACUGUGACAUUUUGCACUUAAUUUGGACAACAGAAAAGCUUCAGCAACAACUUGAUGUGAUUGACCAGCGCUAUAAUGUGUCGAGGCAAUCUGCAUUAGCUUCUUUAAAGUCUGGAAACAAAAAAACUGCAUUGAAACAUGCAAGAGAGUUAAAGAUCAGUACAGAAAGUCGAGAAAAAGUUGCAUCUCUCUUAAACAGAGUGGAGGAAGUCCUAAAUGCUAUUGCAGAUGCCGAGUCAACAAAAACGGUUUCUGAAGCUAUUCAAAUUGGUGCUCGAGUAAUGAAAGAACACGAGGUUAGUUGGGAGGAACUCCAGCAUAGUAUGCAGGAACUAGAAGACAGCAUUGAUUUACAUAAGCAAGUUGCAAGUGCUAUAGAUUCAGCUCCAUCUGGCUCGAUUCUGGAAGACGAAGAUAUUGAGGAGGAGUUUCGAAAGUUUGAGUUGGAAGUUACAGGCCAAAACAUCGACGUGCCAACACCCAAUUCUGGGGCUUCAGUUUCUGAUGAUUUGUUGAGCAUUGCCUUAUCAAAUCUAAAACUUGUGGAGGAUACAGGUAAGGAGACAACAGUGAACCAGAAUUCAAACUCUAACAGCAAGUCGAAAAUAAUGGAGCUUGGCAUUUCUUAAUUCUUAGGUGUAGUAUAUUGUGUAUUGAUAAUGUCAGCCAAAUAUGUACACCUGCUUUUUCCGAUUGCCCUCUUUUGUACUGUGUCGUCAAAUGCCAUUGAAAAUUUGUAUAAAUUAUCACUACAAAAUAGAGUUAGCUGCAUGGUAUACCAUUAAAUUUGAAUCCUCAGAAUCAAUUAAAGCCUGCGUGGUAAUGUUUCGUAA